AUGUCAUACAACACGAGCUUAAUAGUUUUAAUAGUUCUGUAUUUGUUUAGAUUAAAAUAUUUAGAUGCGCAAGAUGAAGAAAAAGAAAUUGAAAAUGUUGAUGUAAGCAACUUAAAGUUUCCCCACGAAGCUGUAAUGUUUAAGAGGAAUAAAUUUGUUUGUGGUGGAGCAAUUCUACGAAAUAAAUUUGUUAUAUUUCCAGCUCAUUGUUUUCCCAAAACACAAUUACUAUCAUUGUAUACAGUGGGUGUCAGUAAAAACACUAAAUCCCAAUUCAGGAAACAUGAUGUGGCCGAAAUUUAUAUUCAUGAAUCUUAUGAUUUAGACACAAGUGAAAAUGAUUUAGCUAUUGUUAGACUUACAGAAGCAAUGAAAUUCGAUGCAUUCACAAAUCUUGUGAUUUUAUCAGAGCAGGUAUUAGUUGAUGCCAAGUGUCUUACAGUAGGAUAUGGUUCAGCUCAUAUAUCAAAGGACGCUGCGAGAUUAUUAAAUAAGAAUGUAACAGUCGUAGAAAAGGAAAACUGUAUGAUUAUAGGUUCAUCUAAAAUUUGCGUGGAAGCUGAAAAGUCUUUUUGUGAUGCUGAAUAUGGCAACUACGUACUCUGCAACAAUACUUUGGCUGGAAUUUUUACUACACAUCCAGACCUAAUAUGUACGAAAACACAUGUGUAUACUAAUGUAUUUGAAUAUAAAGACUGGAUACUACAACGGUUAAAUAGAGCCGAUUUAAGUUUAAAUGUGUCGUUUUCUGUAUUAUGUUCUUUAUUAUCGAUUAUUAUAAUAUUAAAUUAUUAA